GAAAAGUAACGCGAAAAAAAAAAAAAAUCCCUCGUUUGUUGACAUUCAGCUGACACAUCCAUUUAGAACAUUUGUUUCGUCUUUAAAAAUGUGUGAGAAGAUGAAAAAGGUCAACAGCUGGCUGAGUACAGUGUUUGGGGAUCAGCCUGUGCCGCAGUUUGAGGUGAACACUCGGACAGUGGACGUGCUUUAUCAGCUUGCCCAGUUCAGUGAGGCUCGGUGUGGGGACACGGAACUGCUCAUUGAAGACCUUAACCAGAAAGCAUCAGAAUAUCAGGCCGACAGUGCUUAUUACCAGGAUGUUCUUUUACAAGGUGUUGGCCUUUCUUGUGCAAGUCUAUCACGGUCAUGUGCAGACUAUCUAGCUACUUUAGUGGACAAUGCAAUGACUCUGGCCAUUAGAGACAUCUCUCUGGGAAACUUUCUUCCAGCUGUGAAUAACCUUUCUAAUGAACUGCUUGAAGCGGAGAAGUCAGACAGACAUCUUGAACGAGACCUCAAGGCUCUGAGAAAGAGGCUUGGUACUACUUUGGUUCUCCGUGGGAACUUACAAGAGGACAUCAACAAAAGUGUAAAAACACAGGCUGUGGAAAGUGCGAAAGCAGAGGAAAAAUUACUCAACAUGGAUUUUGUGACAACAAAAGCAAAAGAGCUCAGACACAGGCGGGAGAGAGCAGAGGCUCAGCUUUUGUCCAGGAACAUGGAUAAGUCUUUGACCCACCAAUCCAUAGUGCAACUGUCACAGGAAGUCACUGCAUUGAAACAAGAAAUUGUUCCCUUAAAGAAGAAAUUGGAGCCUUAUAUGGACUUGUGCCCAAACCCAUCCCUUGCUCAAGUGAAAAUUCUAGAAGCAAAAACAGAAUUGGCAUCACUUGACUCCAAACUAGAGAUGGACAUGGAGUUUAAAUGAAUGUUAUUUGUCAGAUUUUAUUUAUGUCUGAAUUAGAAAAUAAAGCAAAUGUGUAUCUUGCA